ACUGAGUAGACCUAGCCUAGUGCUCUAUGCCGGCUCUGUCUCAAUUUAUAUAAUCAGUCGUCCGGUUGAAAGCCUCUCGAGCGGACCUCUUGUGUCGUACUUAGAGCUUCGUAUAUUUUUUUGUAAGAAAUGGACAAAAUGCCGGAAGAGGACGAUCUCUCCCCUGUGUCGACAGCUCCAGCCACGCCCACCUCUCCACUCGAAUUCAAGAUGUUGCCGCUGUUUAUGGAUUUCGAGGAUUUCAAUAUUUGUCAGCCAGCUCCUUUUUCGUAUGACGACAAGGCCUUGUUGGAGCUGGAGAGGUGUGAUUACACACAGAGAAUCACCUAUCAGAUGGCCAGAGCUGGGAAAACGACUCGUAGGGUGCGGGUAUAUGCUGAUGGGAUCUAUGAUCUUUUCCACCAGGGCCAUGCCCGUCAACUAAUGCAGGCCAAGAAUAUAUUUCCAAAUGUAUAUCUCAUCGUGGGCGUGUGCAAUGAUGAACUGACUCUCCGGAUGAAGGGGCGUACGGUAAUGAAUGGAUUUGAGCGGUAUGAGGCAGUCCGCCAUUGUCGCUAUGUGGAUGAAAUUGUACCUAAUGCUCCUUGGACGCUGAACGAAGAGUUCCUCAAUGAGCACAAGAUCGACUUUGUGGCCCACGACGACAUACCUUAUGGAGCUGGAGGCGUAAACGACAUAUACGCUCCCUUGAAGGCAAAAGGGAUGUUCGUGGUCACAGAGAGGACGGAGGGCGUAUCCACCUCAGACAUCGUCGCCCGAAUCGUAAAGGAUUAUGAUGUAUACGUACGCAGGAAUCUGGCCAGAGGUUACUCCGCUAAGGAGCUCAACGUUUCUUUUCUCUCAGAAAAGAAAUUCCGCUUGCAGAACAAGAUGGACGAGUUAAAGACACGUGGCAAGCGGGAGCUGACGAAAGUAAAGGUUGACAUCAUAACCAAGUGGGAGGAGAAGUCGCGUGAGUUCAUCGAUGCCUUCCUUCUACUGUUCGGGAGAGAGCGACUCAACAACCUGUGGAACGAAUCCAAGGGCAGGAUCAUUCAGGCUCUCAGUCCACCGGGCAGUCCGAGUGGCUCCAUAAACGGAGACGAUCCAAAUGAAACAGAAGACGGUGAGUCCGAGGAAGAGUACAUGGAGCUACCGCCAGAAUAUGGAGUAGGUACUAGGGGUAUCAAUAACCGAAAACAGAAAAGUCCCAGCCAGAUUAAGCCUUCUCAAAACACCUACGAUGAAGUGAAAACGGAAGAUGAGGAUCCCGAGUACGAUCGACGCCACGAUUGACGACGAAUUUGGCUUUAAAUUUCUCUCCCUUCCCUAUCCUUUCAAAUGUAAAUUAAUUUGUUUGUAAUUUGUUGGAAUAACGCCAUAAUGGCAAGUAAUUUUCACCAUUGGAGCUACCAAAAGGAACGACUCGACCAAUACAAUCAGGGGUCGGUUUAAUGUCAUUCUACACACAUUUACCAGUUAAUAUACAUUCGGAACUAUUCUAAAAAACGUA